AUGUGGUCUCUACUCUCGAUUCUCGUUUUCUUGGCGUGCUUGAUUAUCAAUGUCGCAACUUUCAAUCAUCAUUACUUACAAGACGAUGCUCUACACAGACCUCAUGGACAUAUACAUACCAGAUCUCCACAUCUUAGAGGCCAUAACUCAGAACACGAUGCCUUUCACAUACCUCAUGGACAUAUCCAUACCAGAGCUACGCAUGUCAGACGUAGAAUAAGUGAUAAUAACUCGCAUCCAAAGGUACUCAACGAUUUACAUAACCUUGAAGGAUGUUCAGGGGAGAUAUGUGGAACUUUAUCAGGAGAUGCAGUCGCCCCACUUCUAGCAGGUGCAGCGGAAUGUGCUCAACAAGAUAUGGCAGAUCGUAUAAUUGAUGAAGCGAAAUCUAAAGUCAAAGAUCCAAAAGUACAAAAAGAAAUGAUAAGAUUAGCAAUAGAAUAUCGAAAAACAGAAAGAAAUAGUUUUCCAGAUUAUAGUCAUCAACCUCCGACUGAUAGAAAUAGUCUUUAUUGUCAAAAACAACCUAAGAAUAGUGAAUUGAAUGGAGUUUUUCAAGCUCAAAGUCCUCAAGCAGAUCCUAACCUUUUCUUUGAUCCUAAGUCUACCACUGGUGGUGGCAAUGUCAAAAAAGGUUCAGAUCCGAGGACCAUACCUUUCGGAAAUGCAUCAACGACUACGGGUAUGAACACGACUACUGGAUCGAACACCACAACAACAGUAGACUCCUCGGCCGCAAAUACGACAUCCUCCGGAGCCUCCGAAAGUUCAUCUGACUCUAUGAACACUACCGCUCUAGCCAACUCAGAUGCGACGACUGCGCCGAUGAUGAACUUUACUCAAUCAAGCUGCCUUUCGAAUGUGACCAAUAGCACUGAUGAAGGAGAACCUACCUCAGACACACUAGAUCCAAUGAAUACUACAGCUGUAGAUGAUGGCAAUGGCUCUGAUGAAAAAUCGGACGGGCAUGAGUGA